UUGGUGUGAUGGAGAGAGCAGACGAGAAAGGUUAGAAAAAGGAAUACACUUUCUCUAUGCCUCUUUUGUUUGUCUGGGUCUGAAACAUAGAAAGCUUUUUCUCUUUCGCUGAUGUUAAGUUGUUAACUGAUAAUAGUUGAUUAGCUGUGUGUGGUGGUGGUGGUGGUGCUUGAGAUUUUGAAAAUUCAGAAGCUUUUUUUUUUCUUUGUUCUGUCUUAAUAACUUGAAGGGUGUUGUUUAUAAAGGAUUUGUUGGUGGUGUGUGGGUCUAUGAAAGCAAUCCAGAUCUUCAAUGGACUGCAACAUGGCAUCUCCGACGUGGGACUGGGAUCAUUUGAUCAUGUCCAAUCCCUCAAAGACUGAAAACGACGAGAACCAGCAGCCGUCUGCUGAGUGGGAGAUUGAGAAAGGCGAAGGAAUUGAAUCUAUGUUUCCCUGUUUCGAUGGCCUAGAGAAAGUCAGUAGCGGCUCUCCCUCCGGUUUCUGGCACUCACAGUCGACCUCCACCAACUCUUCCUCUCCCAAAGUCAAACAAACCAACCUUGCAUCAGAAAGUUCCCCUGGCGAUUCUUGCAGCAACGUGGAUUCUGUCUAUGUGAAGGCUUCCACAGCUGCUGAAUCGGAUCUUUGUUUGGAACUAGGAAAGCAGACAUACUCUGAAGAAUUUUGGUGUAGAGACAAUAAUGACCUUUCAGCCGUUUCUAUGAAUGCUCGUAAGAAACAGAGCGUUCAAGUCCCGCGUUGCCAAAUUGAUGGCUGUGAGCUGGAUCUCUCAUCUGCUAAGGAUUAUCAUCGCAAGCAUAGAGUCUGCGAUAACCAUUCAAAGUGCCCGAAAGUUACUGUGGGUGGCCUGGAACGUCGGUUCUGCCAACAGUGUAGCAGGUUGCAUGCCGUCUCUGAGUUUGAUGAGAAGAAACGAAGCUGCCGUAAACGUCUUACGCAUCAUAACGCGAGGCGUCGCAAGCUGUCAGGAAUGUUUCCAUUGAAUCCAGAGAGGGUUUGCGAUCGAAGACAGCAUACAAAUAUGUUGUGGGAUGAGUUGUCUCUAAACACGAAAUCUGAAGAAACGUUUGCAUGGGAUACAACUUAUGAUACAAAGCCUACACAGAUAGAAAGCGGCUUUACUUUGAGCUUCCAGAGGGGCCAUGGCCGCCCUGAUGAGCAGGUGGUUGCUGGUAGCAGCCGCUCUUUCUCUCCGUAUCAAACCUCUAGCGGGUUCCAACUUCCCAGCAAAGGUGGUGUAGGAGAAUACUCAGGAGACCUCCAUGAAUCGCAAGAUUUCUACAGUGCUCUCUCUCUUCUGUCAACGUCUUCGGAUUCACGUGGGACCAAACACAAUCCCAUGGUCGAGUCACAGCCAAUACAUGGCACUUUCCCUACUCAUUUUAUGUAGAUGCGUAAGGAAUGCAUGUGUCACACUCCAUGAGAAAGUCAGGUUGCAUCCAGUGGAGUUUCUUUUCAAAUAAAGUAAGAAUGUGUAACGUUCAUUGUUCAAGCUUAAACCCUGUACACUGUCAACUUCUUCUUGGAUUCUGUUGUAUGUCAACUUCGUUACUUAAUCAGACAUAUGUCUAGUGUUUUAUAGCUGUGGUGUUUUCGAUUGA